CAUCUGAGCAGGCAUUGGACGGAUGCGUUCAGACGUAUACCGAUAGCCAAGCCGUUAGUAGUGUUUGUUGCGGCAGCUUUACUGUGAAGUUGAAUCCUCUCGAGACGGCUGACGUAUAUCUCCUUUAUCCAAGGACUUUGUAUUAACGGCACCCGACUAUUCUAUCCACCAAGCUGUAUAGUGAAGCGAGUGGGGAUUUCCUUUGUUGAAGACUUUAUUCAUAGCCUUUACCAAGACCCCCGUCGACUGACAAGAAGUUCAUCAACAACUAGUAUCUAAGCUUCUACUUUUUAAUGCAACACGCCGUCGGUGUCGCGGCGGGAAAUGGCUGCCGUCCGCUAACUUGCGAGCCUCGUCGCGGCGGAAUGGCGUCGCUCCACAGGACCUGCAGGCAGCGCCUACAUAGCUGCGUUGAGUACAGAAAGCAUAAUUGGAUGCUGAUACAGCUUAGUCGACCGAGACUGUGCACUGCUCUGGCCUCAUUCGGGCCGGAACCCUACGAUGUCGACGGCCCAAGAGGCAAGAGGACCCGCAAGCCUGAAUGGGUGCGAAUCCUGGAGGAGGAUGUGGACAAGGACCCAGAUGUUGCGCGCCUCAUGGAAGGAACGGGCGGAGACCCGGAGAAGAUCCGUGAAAAGAUGCGCUAUGCCCUCAAGGACAGCGAUGUGCAUCGAGAGGGCCAGGGCUCCGCCGUACCCCCGCGCAUCACCUUCCGAGCCAUCAGCCCCAUGGGUCUGUGGCUGUGGUUAGAGUUUCUGGAGCCGCCUCUGGGGUCGGAGCGCGAGCUGCUUGAGGGCGUGUUGAAGAGCUGGUUCGCGGUGGGCAAGUUGGGCGGAUACAACAGCCAGAACUUGCAGGUCUACCACAACGCGGACGACGACCAGUCUUUCUUCGAGUACGACAACGGUCAGCUGGAGGCGGGUGGCGAGCGCAUGACCGCCUAUCUGCACGACAUGCGGGAGGUGGAGUACCGAGAGUGCUGGGCGAGGACGUGGAUCGACAUGGGCACCGCUGACGAGCUGUCACUGGACAUCCUGCUCAACAUGCUGGUGGGGUUCAGUACCCAGAUGUGCGGGCUGCGCUCCAUCCGGCUGGGCGGUGUGAACGCCGACUGGCCGGUUCCGAGUGACGAGGACAUGGGUCUGCUGCCGGAGGAUGAUUACAUGAGGGUCGCCGCUGACCCCAUGAGGCUGCCCCAGGGGCUAGACGAGGAGUUCCAAUUCAUGGACGAGGAGGGCAUGUUGGAGGGCGGCAAGGGGGGCGGUGGGGGAGCUGCCGGCAGCGGGCGGCAGCAGCGGCAGCAAGGGGCAGGUGGCUAC